AAUCAGUGUGGAGUCAGUGGAGGUACUUCCUGAAGAGGAUGUGAGCAGUGACCUGUUGCUGGCCCAGCUCAUGCAGGACCAGCUGGACCGCGAGUGCGACGAGAUGCUGCAGCGGGAGCAGAACAAGGUCAACGGUGACUCCAAGGUCAGCGUCAGCUACGAGAUGUACCGCCUGCGCCACCCGUACCCGGUCCUGGAGUCGGAGGAGGAGGAGGAGGACUACGACGACGACGUGGACCGCACGUGCGAGUGGGACUCGUUCGAGACGCGCGAGCGCGACGCGCCGCACAUCCCGCGCUGCGGCUACACCGUGCACAACGACCGCAUGGUGACCAAGCACGACCGACAUAUCGCCGGCCGCAAGAACGCCUGCAAGGUCAUGGACCUGCCGCCCAACAUCUGCACCGGCGACGGCGGCAGCUUUGACAUGGAGAUCAACAACGGG